GCGCCCCCGAGCCGCGCGCACUUCCGGGACGCGGCGCGCAGCCCGGUGACUGCUCGGCGGGCGCGCGGUGGUCUGCGGGGUGUCUGGGCGAGCGAGCGGCUCGGCUGGGUGUGAGUGGGCGCCCGCAGAGGCGCUGAGAGAAAAAGGCGGUAAAUCUCAGGACUCCGAGGCCGCCCCAGAAAUGAUUCACGAACUGCUCUUGGCGCUGAGUGGGUACCCAGGGUCCAUUUUCACCUGGAAGCGGAGUGGCCUGCAGGUUUCCCAGGACUUCCCAUUUCUUCACCCCAGUGAAACUAGUGUCCUGAAUCGACUCUGCCGGCUUGGCACAGACUACAUUCGAUUCACGGAGUUCAUUGAACAGUACACAGGCCAUGUGCAGCAACAGGAUCACCAUCCAUCCCAGCAGGGCCAAGGCGGGCUCCAUGGAAUCUACCUGAGGGCCUUCUGCACGGGGCUGGAUUCAGUUUUGCAGCCUUAUCGCCAAGCCCUGCUUGACCUGGAACAAGAGUUCCUGGCUGACCCACAUCUCUCCGUAUCACAUGUCAAUUACUCUUUAGAUCAGUUCCAGCUCCUUUUCCCCUCUGUGAUGGUUGUAGUGGAACAAAUUAAAAACCAAAAGAUUCAUGGCUGUCAGAUCCUGGAAACAGUUUACAAGCAUAGCUGUGGGGGUUUGCCUCCAGUUAGAAGUGCAUUGGAAAAAAUCCUGGCUGUCUGCCAUGGAGUCAUGUAUAAACAGCUCUCAGCCUGGAUGCUACACGGACUUCUUUUGGACCAGCAUGAAGAGUUCUUUAUAAAACAGGGUCCGUCUUCUGGCAAUAUCAGUGCCCAGGCGGAAGAGGAUGAAGAGGAUCUGGGUAUUGGAGGACUGACGGGAAAACAGUUGCGAGAACUGCAGGACCUGCGCCUAAUUGAGGAAGAGAACAUGCUGGCCCCGUCCCUGAAGCAGUUUUCCCUGCGGAUGGAGAUUUUACCAUCCUACAUUCCAGUGAGGGUUGCUGAAAAAAUCCUCUUUGUUGGAGAAUCUGUUCAGAUGUUUGAGAAUCAAAAUGUGAACCUGACGAGGAAAGGCUCCAUCUUGAAGAACCAGGAGGACACUUUUGCUGCAGAACUGCAUCGGCUCAAGCAGCAGCCACUCUUCAGCCUUGUGGACUUUGAGCAGGUGGUGGAUCGAAUUCGCAGUACUGUGGCUGAGCACCUCUGGAAGCUAAUGGUCGAGGAGUCAGACUUACUGGGUCAGCUGAAGAUCAUUAAAGACUUUUACCUUCUGGGACGAGGAGAACUGUUCCAGGCGUUCAUUGACACAGCUCAACACAUGUUAAAAACACCACCCACUGCAGUGACAGAGCAUGAUGUAAACGUGGCCUUUCAACAGUCAGCACACAAGGUGCUGCUAGAUGACGACAACCUUCUCCCUCUGUUACACUUGACAAUCGAGUAUCAUGGGAAGGACCAUAAAGCAGAUGCCACCCAGCCAAAAGAAGGGCAUUCUCGGGAAACGUCCCCACGGGAAGCCCCUGCUUCCGGCUGGGCAGCUCUAGGUCUCUCCUACAAAGUACAGUGGCCACUACAUAUUCUCUUCACCCCAGCCGUCUUAGAAAAGUACAAUGUUGUUUUCAAGUACUUACUGAGUGUGCGCCGUGUCCAGGCUGAACUACAGCACUGCUGGGCUCUUCAGAUGCAGCGCAAGCACCUCAAAUCUAACCAGACAGAUGCAGUCAAGUGGCGCCUAAGAAAUCACAUGGCCUUCUUAGUAGAUAAUCUUCAGUACUAUCUCCAGGUAGAUGUGCUGGAGUCUCAGUUCUCACAGCUUCUUCAUCAGAUCAAUUCUACGCGGGACUUUGAGAGCAUCCGAUUGGCACACGAUCACUUCCUAAGCAAUCUUUUGGCACAGUCCUUUAUUUUGCUGAAACCUGUGUUUCACUGCCUGAAUGAAAUCCUAGAUCUCUGUCACAGUUUUUGUUCACUGGUCAGUCAGAACCUGGGUCCACUGGAUGAACGGGGGGCUGCCCAGCUGAGCAUUCUUGUGAAGGGCUUUAGUCGCCAGUCUUCACUCCUCUUCAAGAUUCUCUCCAGUGUUCGGAAUCACCAGAUCAAUUCAGAUUUGGCUCAGUUACUGCUCCGGCUAGAUUAUAACAAGUAUUAUACCCAGGCUGGUGGGACUCUGGGCAGUUUUGGGAUGUAAAAACUGGUUCUUAAAAUGAAGUAACCAUCAGUCCUACCACGCUCUGAUUUCUGUAAUAAGCCUCCCCAGGCAUCACAAGAUGCCUGCAGACUGGUGAAAGGAUGCUACCUUUUCUUCUAGAAGC